AUUUGCUUUGCUUCAGAUAUGGAGAGCUGACAGCUGAACGCGUGCAAGCGGAAGUACGACGACAGACAGCCACAGGAGCCGUUAGAUCUACACAUUGGGCGACGAUUUUAGGCCAUACCCGCUGUCCUCAGUCAUGGCUGCUUAUGGACAGACACAGUACAGCCCUGCGUUACAGCCGGCCGGUCCGUACACACCGUACACACAUCACACACAGGGCUACAGCAUGACGUCCUACAAUAUUAAAACAGAAGAUGGUUUGAGUCAUUCACCAGGACAGAGCAGUCUGCUGGGAUACACGUCCAACUUCAGCGGCACUCCACCUGCUCAGACGCUCUACAGUUACUCCACACAUGGCGGCAACAUUUCUUCUGGAAUUUUCCAGGGUGCAAACAGCAUCACAAGCUCAACGCCAUUCAGUCCUACACAGCAGGACUUCUCAACGUAUUCUAGCUACAGCCAAAGUCAAUAUUCGCCAUACUACAACACACACUACAACAGCCCCUACAUCACAACCAGCAAUAUCACACCCUCAGCCAUCACCACGGCGAUACCCUAUCAGCACACAGAUCAUCCCGCUGUAUCGACCAAUCACAGCCCGGAAUUACACACAGCAGAGUACCACACUCCCACGAGUCCUCUGACUCCAGGAAAGGAGCAGGAAGGCGCUCCAGCGAGACGCAGCUCAGAUGGGAAGCUGAGAGGCAGGAAGAGGGCCAAUGACCCCAUCCCCCCUCUGGACUCUGACAUUGAGAGAGUGUUUAUUUGGGACCUGGAUGAGACCAUCAUCAUUUUCCACUCGCUCCUGACGGGGACAUUUUCCACACGCUUCGGCAAGGACUCUGGCAAGGCUGUGUCUCUGGGCUUGUGGAUGGAGGAGAUGAUCUUCAACUUGGCUGAUUCACGUCUGUUUUUCAACGACCUGGAGCUGCAGAAACUGGCCGUGCUGCUUGUCACAAAUAUGAGAAACAGUGUUUGGAGGUGUAGAGCGGAUCUAAAGCUGUGUGUCUGUACUUGCAGCACGUAUAACUUUGGCUCGGAUGGCUUCCAGAGCCCAGCAGGUGGAGGCACGCUCUGCCUGGGCUCAGGUGUUCACGGCGGGGUCGACUGGAUGAGGAAACUCGCCUUCCGCUACCGCCGAGUCAAAGAGAUCUACAACACCUACAAGAACAAUGUAGGAGGUUUGCUGGGCAGUCCGAAGCGGGAAGAGUGGCUUCAGCUGAGGCGGGAGAUGGAGGUUUUGACGGAUCUGUGGCUGACGCAGGCACUCAAAGCUCUCGCUCUCAUCAACUCCAGAGCGAACUGUGUGAACGUGAUGGUCACCACCACGCAGCUGAUUCCAGCGCUCUCUAAAGUGCUUCUCUACGGUCUUGGAGGAGCUUUUCCCAUCGAGAACAUCUACAGCGCCACCAAAACAGGUAAAGAAAGCUGCUUUGAGCGCGUGACUCAGAGGUUCGGCCGGAGAGCCGUGUAUGUGGUCGUAGGGGAUGGUGUGGAGGAGGAGACGGUCGCCAAGAAGAAGAACAUGCCGUUCUGGAGAGUGACGAGCAGGCCGGAUCUGGAGGCGUUGAGUCAUGCACUUGAGCUGGAUUACCUCUAGAGGACAGCAUCUUCCUGUCCGCCAAGAACUGCAGGACCAAUCAGCAGGGAGCAGCAAUCUUACUGGGAAAGUUUGCUUCAAAUCUUUUUCUCUCUUUCUCGCUCUCCACCUGAGAGGCUCGGCUCUUUCAUCCACUCGCUUUUCUUUACAACAGCACUGCACUGAAGACAAAGACUGCACAGCCCAUCAGCGACUGAUUCAGAAAGCCUGUGACCGGAUAACGUCCUAUCAUACUUCUCAUGCUAUUUCUGCGGUACGCAGCAUAUAUACUGUGCACAGUAUGUGUAUUUUCUGUUUGUGCAGAAACCCGGAUGACAAUGGAGCACAAUGCAUGGAUAUCCCAGAAUGCAAUGCACUUGACUUGAGUUUUUACAUCUCAUCUCUUUGGACUGCCAAAAAAGGAAAACAGUUCCCACAAAAACUGGAUUAAAAAUGCAAAAUAACAGUUUGUUUUUUCUGAGAUGAUUAUUAGAGGUCAUGUGACAUCAAUGCAGCAAACUACUGUUUGAAAUGUUUAUCAUAAUGCAUAAUGUGUACUAUUUUUAUAUUAAGCAGUAUGCGGUGUAAACUGUGCUGUAAUGUUUGUUAGUAUUGCUAUCCGUUCUGAAACAACCCAUUUUACAGAUAAGAGGGGUGUCAAAAUAGAAGAUUUUAGCAUUUAAAAAAAAAUAAGAUUUACAUUUCGUAAAGCAUGAAAUCAUAUGCAUUUCCAUGAAAAAAAGACCAAAUUCAUAAGCGAAGAAAAAAACCCUGAUUUGAUAGAAUUUUAUGUAAUCAAAACUGAUUUUUUUUUCUUGCAAUAUCAUAUUAAAUUGACUGAAUAUUGCACCAUACACAAAAAAGGGAAUCAUUAAAUAAAUAUGAACUGAAUUAAAAUGAACUGAGACAAAAUUAAGAAAUGUGCUGUUGUACUAAAACUGCAGAAAAACGAACCCCUCACGUUUUAUAUACGAGUACAAAGUGCUGCAAAUCCACUUGUUUGAAUGGAAAACCAUGAACUAACCCUGAAAUCUGCCAAAGUAUCGUAGCGGAUGAUACUGCUACUGUUACGAACAGAAAAGACAUGAUUAACUUAUGAAUGUCAGUGUCCUGUGAGUUUCUUUUCUUCCCGUGUCUCUGACGUGUGCCUGGAUCUUCAUGUGGUUUGUUACUGAUGUAUAUUUCUUUCUUUGCUGAAGUUGAUAUACUGUAUACUGUAUGUGUCGCUCUGACCUGCAUGUGCUCUUCACAACUGCUUCUGUUCGCUAUGAUUUGUAUAUAAGGUUUUAUUGUUGAUUAUUUCUGGGCUUAUUAUAAUAGAAUAAAGAUAAAUUAAUUUCA